AUGAUGCAGUGGAGACACGGGACUUUCAAGCUCCUGGAACGAGCUCCCAGUCGCGGCGUGCGGGUGAUGAUUGUGCCGGAGGCGUACACGAGCAAGACCUGCGGAGCCUGCGGGUGGCUGCACCACAGUUUGGGAGGCGCGAAGGAGUUCAAGUGCAGAAGUUGUGGUGUAGAUAUAGACAGGGACCAUAAUGAGAUGGGUUUCUCUACAUUCGGGAGGACCCACCUCGGGGGCAAUACGACCAUUGCGGGGAAUUUCAGCGUUCUGUCCGGCACAGUCUCGUUCCCGUUGGCCUCCAUCGAGCGGGUGAUGAUACGCGGCCUUGCUCCGAUUGCCUGGUCAGGCAAUGCGGCAGACCUGAGCGGGAUUUUGAGCCUCUCUAACCUUCCAAUUAUUCCUGCAUCGCAGAUCAGCGGCGUGUCACAGUUGGUGCCUGCCUCUGACGGCGCCGCAAGCGCUACCUCCCUCACAGUAACGGGACAGACGGUCCUGGGAGUCUUUAGCGCGACGACGAGCUCCCUGGGCGUCCUGUCGGCUGGUGCUUCUACUUUGGGAGCUCUGACUGCAGCUGCUACAAAUAUGAGUACGCUGACGGUCAGUGGAGCUAGUGUCCUUGGAGGAUUGGCAGCUGGUGCUGUGAGCGCCACGUCCCUAGCCGUGUCAGGAGCCACGACCCUCGGCAGCCUCUCAAUGACCGCUUUGACUGUCUCAGGGCCCACGACUUUGGGCACAGCCGUCGUGACCACGCUGACUGCAACGACAAGCGCCCUGGGCGUCCUGUCGGCUGGUGCUUCUACUUUGGGAGCUCUGACUGCAGCUGCUACAAAUAUGAGUACGCUGACGGUCAGCGGAGCUAGUGUCCUUGGAGGAUUGACAGCCGGUGCCGUGAGCGCCACUUCCCUAGCCGUGUCAGGAGCCACGACCCUCGGCAGCCUCUCGAUGACUGCGCUAACUGUGUCUGGCCAAACGACGCUGGGUGACGCGGUCCUGACUUCGCUGCAUGCGACGACGAGCUCCCUGGGCGUCCUGGCGGCUGGUGCUUCUACUUUGGGAGCUCUGACUGCAGCUGCUACAAAUGUGAGUACUCUGACUGUCAGCGGAGCCAGCGUCCUCGGCGGUUUGGCAGCCGGCUGA